AUGAAGGAAAGGUGUCUUCCACUAAACUUUCGGAAAGACGAUUUGAAGGGAAUUCACAAGGAUCGAAUGAAAAUUGGAGCACGUCUGGCUGACGUUGAUCCAAUGCAAACAGAUUGUUCAGUACGGUUUGAUGGUGUGGGUGGUCUUUCUGACCACAUUUCAGCUUUAAAAGAGAUGGUCGUUUUUCCUUUGCUUUACCCAGAAGUCUUUGAGCGAUUCAAAAUUCAACCUCCAAGAGGCUGUCUCUUCUAUGGCCCUCCAGGGACUGGGAAGACACUGGUUGCUCGUGCACUUGCUAAUGAAUGUAGCCAAGGUGACAGGAGAAUAGCCUUUUUUAUGAGAAAAGGUGCCGACUGCCUGAGUAAAUGGGCGGGGGAAUCUGAACGACAGCUUCGUUUAUUGUUUGAUCAGGCCUACCAGAUGCGACCUUCAAUUAUUUUCUUUGAUGAGAUAGAUGGUCUUGCUCCUGUGCGGUCCUGUGAACAAGACGAAAUCCAUAGCUCUAUUGUAUCAACACUUCUGGCACUUAUGGAUGGGUUAGACAGCAGAGGAGAGAUUGUGGUAAUUGGAGCCACCAACAGGCUGGAUUCUAUAGAUCCUGCUUUACGAAGACCCGGACGGUUUGAUCGAGAGUUCCUCUUCAGCCUGCCAAAUAAAGAGGCUAGAAAAGAUAUUUUCAAGAUUCACACACGAGACUGGACCCCUAAGCCACUGGACAUGUUUCUUGAAGAGCUAGCUGAAAAAUGUGUUGGAUACUGUGGUGCUGAUAUUAAAUGCUUAUGUGCUGAAGCUGCCCUCUGUGCUCUGCGCCGCCGCUAUCCUCAAAUAUACAAAAGCAGUGAGAAACUGCAGUUAGAUAUUGCUUCUAUUAAAAUAACAGCGAAGGAUUUUGUCAUGGCUAUGCAGAAGACUGUUCCAGCUUCACGGAGGGCUGUGGCUUCACCUGGGCGAGCACUAUCACCUAUUUCAAAACCACUGCUUGAAAACACACUAGCAAGAAUUUUACAAGCCUUGCAGAGAGUAUUUCCCCACGCAGAGCUUGCUCUAAAGAAGGGCCAACAGCAAGGUAUAACAAUAGUAGCUGCUUCUUUAAACUUCUGCCAAAGCAAAAACUUCCGAUUUGUGCAAUCAACAAAUGCUUAUUACCAGCCAACAUCUUGCAGGCCACGGUUCUUACUAGUUGGAGAGCCAGGAUACGGGCAAGCUUCUCAUUUGGCACCUGCAGUAAUACAUGCCCUGGAAAAGUUUCCAGUCUAUACACUAGACCUAUCUGUUCUGUUUGUUAGCAUCACAUCAUCGGAAGAAACAUGUGCACAGUUGAUGCGAGAAGCACAAAGAACAGCAUCAAGUAUCAUUUAUAUUCCACAUAUCCAUUUGUGGUGGGAGGCUGCUGGAGCUACAUUGAGAGCUACUUUUACAACACUACUGCAGAACAUUCCAGCAUUUGCUCCAGUUUUGCUGCUUGCAACAUCUGAUGUGUGUCAUGCAGAUCUCCCAGAAGAGAUAAAAGAAUUGUUUAUUAAUGAUGAUGAAGUGUUCAAAAUCCAGUUGCCUAAUGAGGAAGAAAGAAGAACAUUUUUUGAGGACUUAAUUGUAAAUCAAACUGCUAAACCUCCUGCAUCAAAAACUAAGACAGCUUGGCAGACAUUGGAAGUACUGCCUGUAGCACCACCGCCUAAGCCUCCACAGCUGACAGAGGAAGAAAUAAGACAGCUGGAGCAGCAGGAGGAGGAUAUAUUGCGUGAACUUAGGAUUUUCUUAAGGGAUGUGACUCGUAGACUUGCUGGUGACAGACGUUUCAGAGCAUUUACAAAGCCUGUCGACCCAGAGGAGGUACCUGAUUAUGACGCAGUCAUUAAACAGCCCAUGGACCUUUCGGCAGUUCUCUCGAAGAUUGACUUGCACCAGUACCUAACUGCAGGAGAUUUUCUAAAAGACAUCGAUCUAAUCUGCAGCAAUGCUUUACAGUACAACCCAGAUAAAGACCCUGGAGAUCGUCUCAUUAGGCACAGAGCUUGUGCUUUGAGAGAUACUGCAUAUGCCAUCGUGAGAGAGGAAAUGGAUGAAGAUUUUGAACAGCGCUGUGAAGAAAUUCAAGAAUCUCGCAAGAAAAGAGGUUGUAGCUCUUCAAAGUAUGCUCCACCUUACUACCGUGUAAUGCCAAAAGAUGUCAAAAAGGAAACGCAGAAAGAACAAAGCGUCUUCAAGUAUCGCAGCAAAGAGGAGGAAAUUUUAGUUCAAUAA